UUUUCCUCUCUGAAGAAGACUUGGGACUCCUGUUUCUCGGGGUGUCCCUUUCCAAGGUGGUUUUGGGGGAGAGGAGAAGAAGACUCUCGAGGAGGAGCGCGCAGGGCUGAGCUGGGACCCCUUGCUCGGCUUGGCGAGGCCUUCCUCCCGCCCAGCCCCUCUUCCUCCUCUUCCUCUUCCUCUUCCUCUUCCUCCCCGGGGGCCAUGUCCCUGCUGCCCUCCUUCGGCUUCACCCAGGAGCAAGUGGCCUGCGUCUGCGAGGUGCUGCAGCAAGGCGGCAACCUGGAGCGCCUGGGCCGCUUCCUCUGGUCGCUCCCGGCCUGCGACCACCUGCACAAGAACGAGAGCGUCCUCAAGGCCAAGGCCGUGGUGGCCUUCCACCGGGGCAACUUCCGCGAGCUCUACAAGAUCCUGGAGAGCCACCAGUUCUCGGCCCACAACCACCCCAAGCUCCAGCAGCUCUGGCUCAAGGCGCACUACAUCGAGGCCGAGAAGCUGCGCGGAAGGCCGCUGGGCGCCGUGGGCAAGUACCGCGUCCGGAGGAAGUUCCCGCUCCCGCGAACCAUCUGGGACGGCGAGGAGACCAGCUACUGCUUCAAGGAGAAGUCCCGCGGGGUCCUGCGCGAGUGGUACGCCCACAACCCCUACCCUUCGCCCCGGGAGAAGCGAGAGCUGGCCGAGGCCACCGGCCUGACCACCACCCAGGUCAGCAACUGGUUCAAGAACCGGCGGCAGCGCGACCGGGCCGCGGAGGCCAAGGAGAGGGAGAACACGGAGAACAACAGCGCCUCCACCAACAAGCCCAACCAGCUCUCCCCGCUGGGCUCCGGGGCGAAGGCGCUGCUGUCCAGCUCGGAGGAGGAGUUCUCCCCGCCGCAGAGCCCCGACCCGCAGGCCUCCUCUCUGUUGCUGCUGCAGGGGGCGGGGCUGGCCCACGCCCACGCGCGGACCCCCUCCUCGGCUUACGCCCUGCCGGCCCCGCAGCCGCCCCCGCCCCACGCUCUCCCGCCCCACCACCCGCACCAGCUCCAGGACUCGCUCCUCGGCCCGCUCACCUCCAGCCUCGUGGACCUGGGCUCAUAAUCCGGGACGCAAUCCGGGUGCGGGGCGUGUACAUAGGGGGCCUCGCGGGGAUUCCUUUGCGGGUGGGGAGGGGGUGUUUUUGUUUUGCUUUCCCAGAGUUUACCAAGCGGUUCGGAAAAAAGUGACUUUGGAAAACCACAA